AUGUAUCCAUAUCCCCUAGUCGCCUUCUACUCCCAAGAGCGCUUCAAGAGCAAAUUUUGCAACCCUCACGAAGUCUUCUCCCCGGAUAGUGGAAUCAUGGCUCUGUCGAUACCCUUUGCAACAGGUGGUGAGAAAGCUCGACUGGACAUUGCUAUCGAUGUCUCUACCGAGUGGGGUCCCAAGGUGUCGCAUUUUUUCUUGAUCAACGAAGCCCUUCGUGCGACGGGCGCCUGCAUUGGAAUUUCCGAGGAGCAUUCACGUCCUGCAGCUUUCGUUCUAGACUUCAGUCCUGCGAGUGUCCGAUGGGCUCGAGGGGAGGUUGAGGCACGUCGUGGAAUACAUGGUGCUUUGGUGACAGAAGCGAGUGUUCUACGACCGGGGCGCCUGCUUGCAGAGGAGGUCGUCAGUUCCCUGCCUUAUACCCGAACCAUGCUCGCUGGUUACCUACCCCAACACCAAAUUCAACUUUCGCGAGAUGAAGUUGUCUAUCCUUAUGCAGAACUCGUUCACCUCAGUUAUUCGUGCGCUCGAGUGUCUAUGCGUUGCAGUGCUACACAUGCAUCACCUUCGCCCAUCCCAUCCUCAAAAUCCAGGAUCAGUGACGAGGCAUUCAAAGAUGCGAUCCGGGAACACCAGCUUCAGGAGGAGAGUGGGCGGCGAGGCUAGUGAGAGCGGGAGCCGAGGGUCGUAGCAGUACCGCCGUUAGUAUCGACUGAUCUGAAUUUAUUGAUUUGUUGCUAUUUCAUGUGCUAUAAUCUGAGUCAC